AAGUUGUAUUGAUCAAUAGUUGGCUGUUGAGGAAAAGCUAAUUGCAAGCCUAUUGCUUGUGGAGGCACCCAAAUGAACAAAGGCAAUGGAGGAGUGUUUUUCACAACAACAUGUACAUCAAGACAAAUCUUAACAUGGGAGUCAAGUCUUGGGAUUCUUGCAAGGCAUUGUAAUAAGCAACAUGAAUCAUGAUAGAAUAUAAGGAGCGAAAGAAACAAGUGUUCAUCAACAUUCAACACCAUUGAUCAUCAGUCUUACAUAUCCCAAGAUGGCCUCUUUCCCGCAUUUUCCCACCCCACCACCUCCACCACAUCCCGUUCUACCACCACCACCGUUCCGCCCAGUCACCCCACCUCCUCGUGUUCCUCCACCACCGCCUCCUGACAACGGUCCAACUGUCAUUGUAAUCGUAUUCAUUUCAUUUGGCUCAGUUUUCUUCAUUGCAUUCUGCUUGUUUGCUUUGUGGUACCUAAUCAAGAAGAGGAAAAAGAAGGCAGUUCAAGAAACUGAUAUCAUACGUACCGACAAACAUCUCAGGGUGAAAGAGGCCAUUGUAGAAGGUCCUCAUGGACCAGAGACUGUAGUCCUUUCCAUAGAAGAAGAUAAGGACACUGAAGAAGAGAUUGUCAAGAAUGAGAAGGUGGAAGGAAAGGACAUGCAUGCAAAAUCUGGACAAACCCCUGUAACUCCUUGGGCUGGAGAAUCAUCUUCAAGACCUCGUAUUAACCAAACUCAUCAUCUUCCUAGAGCACAAGAACUGAAAGAAUGCUGCAACAACUGAUUUCAAUUGACAACAAAUUGCUGCAAAUAGGGAAAUUCUAAUUCAAACCGUGUUUGAUCAGACCUAAACCAUUUAUAUAGCAAGUGCAGUACACUUGUCGCAUGAUUUGUAUACAGUUCAGGAAAAUUGAUCAAUCACAUGGCAAGUAUAUCAAACUUGCUUUGUGAUUUAUUUGAUCCGACCGACCUGAUUUGGGUAAGAAUAUUUACUGCAAAUAAGGAACACUUACAAAUAUCACAGUACCAAUAAAAUUUAUUGCA